UCUUCAUGUUUUCAUCAGCGACGAGACGCAGUGUCUAUAACAGCAGUCUUAAUUCAUCAGGAAUAACUGAGUGUGUAGGUUUGUGUGCGAGACAGAGGCUGAAGUUAUCAGUGCAAUAAGGAUGGAAAAUUUAGAGAUGUACCACGGGGCAAUCAGUAAGGAGCAAACAGAGAGAAUUUUGGGGGCCACCAGCCAAAACGGAAGCUUCCUGAUUCGAGACAGUGAGACCGUCCCGGGGUCCUACUGCAUCUGUGUGCUGUUUGAUCAUUGUGUGUUCACCUACAGACUCUACCAGCUCGAAGGAAAUGUGUGGAAAACUGAGACGGCUCCAGGGGUGAAAGUGCGACUCUUCCGAAAUGUUCAAAACCUUCUGGCCAUGUACAAGAACCCGGACCAGGGCAUCGCCAUACCGCUGCGUUUUCCUGUAAAACAUGUUCAACGCAGCAAACCUCCUCCACUGCCCAGGAAACACAUCCCACGUUAACACGUACUACAGAAACUGACAAUAUCGUGAUUGUGAACACACCUUUCAUUUUGUUUGUCUUGAAUGUUAAGCAGACAUUUAAAAACUCUCCAUAUAAAAUCAUUAACAAAAAAAAAAAAAAAUAACCUUUUCCUGGCAGCUAAGAACCCUUAAAUAUUUAUUCACGUUUUAAAUUUCAUUUACAGAGAUUCCGUUUUUAACCAAUGAAUGAUUUGUUUUUUUAAGGUUAGGGUUAGGGUUAGAGGGUUAGAGAUCCACAUCAUCUCAAGCACUUAAAAAUCAGAAUUAUUUAAUUUAUUCGUAUCUUCAGUAGUUUGGAUGAUUAACAACAUUUCAUACAACAAUAUGUGUAAAUAGUGUUUUUAAAUAAAUCAAAGAAAGAAUUUUUUUGCUAAACUGCAUGUAAAAUCAAUGUGUGUUCUAAAGUAAUAAAAAUUACAAACCAAAAAAAAAAAAAAAAAAAUCCCAUAAGUAAUUUUCUUGUGUUAUGCAAAUUAGUUAAGGUUCAAUAAUUGUCUUUAUAGUGAAUAUUUAAUUGUCGAUAACGACGUGCACCUGGAACAGCAUAAAAAUCGAAAGUAAAAUUGGAGUAAAGACAAAAAUAAACUAAGCCUUUUAGAGCAUAACUAAUUUUAUUCUUUAGAUCAGUACAUCUAUUUUUAUUUUUCAAAAUAUCCACUUACAAAAUCAUUUCUGAUCCCAGACAUGUGUAAACAAAUCAGGUGUUUAAUGACUGUUAAAAAAAAAAAAAAAACCCACACAAAC